GGACGAGAGACCACCCCGACUCUCAGGUCCAGGUGCUUCUGCACCUUCAGCUGUUAAUAACAGAUGGAUACCUCCAAGUAGUGUGAAACGAGAUGCGACACAAAACCCUGACGACAAACAUGAUCAAAUCUUUCGAAAAGUUAGAGGGAUUCUUAACAAACUCACUCCUGAGAAGUUUGAUAAGUUAAACCUUGAACUGCUAAAUGUAGGACUCGACUCUAAUGUGAUCCUUAAAGGUGUCAUUUUGUUGAUAUUUGAAAAAGCACUUGAUGAGCCCAAGUACAGUUCUAUGUACGCACAGUUAUGCCAUCAACUAUGUGACGAUUCACCAAACUUUGAACCACCUGCUUCUAAAACAACUACUUUCCGUCGCCUGCUUUUGAACAAGUGCCAAGAUGAAUUUGAAAACAGGUCAAAAGCCACAGAACUUGAAGUAUUUGACCGAAAAGAUGGCACGUUCAGUGCCGAGGAAGCAGAGAAGUACCACAUUGCCAAAAGGAAAAUGCUUGGUAACAUCAAGUUUAUUGGCGAACUCGGAAAACUUGAAAUGCUCCACGAAGGAAUUCUACACAGGUGCAUUAAGCAGCUUCUUGAGAAGAAAAAGAAUGUACCGAUCCAGGACAUGGUGGAAGACUUGGAGUGCCUCUGUCAGAUAAUGCGGACAGUUGGGCGCCGCCUUGACUCACCCAAGGCGAAAUCAUGGAUGGAUCAGUAUUUUCAGCGAAUUCAAACUUUCGCUAAGAACCCGGAAUUCCCCUCCAGGAUUCGGUUUAUGCUGCGAGAUGCGACAGAUCUACGACGCAACAAUUGGGUUCCCAGAACAAGUGGAAUAGAUCAUGGUCCAAAAACCAUCACACAGAUACGACUAGAAGCUGCUGAUGAGUAUGGUGAAUACAUUCCACCACCUCAGUCACGUCAGUUUGGAAACAGAUCAAGCAUGAACGGAGGCAUGCAUCCCCAGUGGAUGGCAUCAAAUCCGGGUCAGAUGGGGGAUUUGUUUGGAAUGUCCUCACCAGGAAUGAUGAUGGGAACAAUUGGAACAGGUACUGGACCUGGAGUAAUCCAUGAUGGACCUGGCUAUCCCAUGAAUAUGGGUAAGCCCAGGAACAUGCAGCAGGGGCAGGGCUUUAACAACUUCAACAAGCCACGACAGGACGGGGGAGGGAGGGGUAAUAUGCGACAGAACCAGAAUAACCAGCAGAUGUCUGGGGGGCGCCAGUCUCCUCAGUCUCUACAGCAACAGCAGAAACAAGCAAGCACGGCGCCGCGAGACCUGCCUCCACGCUUCGCCAGACUGGCCCAGCAGCAACAACAACAAAUUGCUCAGCAGGCUGCCAGCGCUAAUGGCACAGCAGUCAUGAUACCAAGCACCAAUGAGGAAAUCAGUCUCAGACCGGCCAAGAACUUCACCGUUUUCAAGCCGAAUACACCUAACAAUCUUCCAAAGUCUGCACAGGUUGGAUCACAGAAUGCUAUGAUGAAGAUGUCUCUGGGCCCUCCAGAACCACCAAAACCAUUGCUGAACAAACAGGCCCAGAUCACCAUCAAGCAGGUGACACAAGACAAACCCAAGUCCAACAGGAAGGCAAUACCAACAAAAGACGAAGUGAUGAAAGCGACAAUGACAAUGUUGGACGAAUACUUGGCUAAUUGUGAAACAAACGAAGCUUUAAAUUCAUUCAAAGACAUGAACUCUCCUAAGAAGUUCCACCCAGACUUGCUAGCCCAGAUGAUGACAAAAACUGUGGACAAAUCAGACUCUGAACGUGAAAGUGUGAUGAAGUUGAUCUCAGCAAUGAAGGCAGAGAACCUAAUUACAUCUGAUCAGUUUAUGGAGGGCCUUCAAUCUCUACUGGAGAAAAUGGCUGAGCUGGAAUCUGAGGUACCGCUCGUGAAGUCCUACAUCUCCAAGUUUGCUGCUAUGGGUGUGACAGAGGGAGUGAUCAAUAUUCAGGAGUUGUCGGUUCCCAUGGAGAAUGGUACCUACUACCCGCUGUUCUUACUCUGCCUGCAACAAAUGCACAAACUCAAGGACAAGAACUGGCUGGUGUCAAACUUCAAUGAAAGCAAAGUUUCUUUACAGAAUAUGUUACCAGAAAUUGACCAGACUAAAGAGCGUAUGAUGGAGAUUCUGGAGGACCGUGGCCUGAGCUUCAUGUUCCCACUGCUGCGUGUCCAGGCCGAGCUGUGGAAGCAGGUGCAGGCCGAGCCAGGGGCCACUGCUACAUUCAAAUGGAUCAAGGAAAACGUAGACAUUGAUCUUCACCACUCCCCAGGCUUCAUCAACAUCCUCACUGCAUGUUUGCUGAAGUACAUCACGAUGGACACAACUCUUGGGAAAGAUGUGGACACUUCUGCUGUUCCAGAGAAAGCCGCCACAGAGAAGGAGAAGCAGAGACUUGACAAACUAAAGGGAGUGCUACAGAUGUUCCUGCAUGAACACCUAGACCUGCAGGUCGAGUCACUGUAUGCAGCCCAGGUGUUCUGUCACUCUCAUCACUUCCCCAAAGGUAUGUUACUGAGGUUGUUCAUGCACUUUUAUGAUAUGGAGAUAAUGGAAGAGGAAUCAUUUUUGAAGUGGAAGGAAGAAGUAAAUGAUGAACACCCCGGGAAAGGAAAGGCUCUGUUCCAGGUAAAUCAAUGGUUGACCUGGCUUGAGCAAGCUGAGGAGGAAUCUGAUGAGGAAGAUGAUUAAAUCCCUGUUUAGGGAGGAUGCAAGGAGAUUUAAAAUAUUUCAACCUUGGUGUUGUUAUCACUAAAAUCGAUGGGAACAUUUCCUAUUCCUUACUUGUCAUCGACAAAUAGACAAAAAUAUAAAUAUCAAAUGGUAAAAAGUAACAUUAAGAAAAUUUUUGACAUUUACAAUUUUCUGAGACAUUGCAUAGGACUAUCUUAAAAUACUGGAUAUAUCAAAAUAAGUGAAAUGUGAUAUGUAUUAUGGAUGCGGUUGACCACAGACACUAAAGACUGGAACACACCGUCUGAACAGUGAUGACAUAGGCCACAACACUAGUAAAGGGAACAGUUACAAGUGCAAAGUGCAUUUGGAACCAACAAAUGUUUCCAUGCUAAGUUGGAGAGAAAACAAAACAUCCCUAUUGUCUCACCAUGUGGAAAGAUAGAGCAUUAACAAACCCAAGCUGGAGUUUGGCUAUCAGUCAGUCACGCUUUUCACCUCCCAGGAUCUGUGAUGUGUUACAGUCAAACAAACAAAGACAUUUGGAGCAUAAUCUUUUGUACAGAUCUUUAGUACCGCUGAAAAAGGGAAAGGCAAUAUUUCGAAAAAUUGUGUGAAAGGAGUGUGAUCUUUAAUUUUGUAGUAAUUGAAAUGUACAGAAUCCGAUGUAAUCUGGAAGAUGAGAAAAAGUAACUUUGAAAAAUUAUCAUCCUAAUUGACUAUGACUUUAGUGCAUAUCUUAGCAAUCAUGACUUUUACUUACAGAAAGUUGCCUUUCCAUAACUCAUAUUUAUUGCUGUAUACUAUUUAUUCUCUGGUCUUUAUAACAAAUGCUGAUCAGAAACAAAGGGUGCUCUUAUAGAUAAUAGAUUCUGGUAUGGUCAUACCAUCAACAUUGCUUUAUGCCAGCACCUUGUGAAUAUGUAAAAGAUUUGUAUGCAAACAUAUUUUAAAGACUAUGGUUAAGUCAUGCAAUUGUGAUAUCAUUAUUGAUAACUUAGUUGUGUAAGUUAUUAACAUUAGAGCUGCCAUCUAGAAACUAAGUAUUAUUCUGUUAAAAACAAAAAAAGUGAUCAUGUACCAAUUCCCACUAGUAAAUUAUGUUAUCUAUUGAACUAAAUUGUAGCUUGUAUUCCCGACCAAUGAUUAAGGGGGCUUGUUACAGCUCGUACUUCCUGCUAUCAGAGUUUAGUGUGACGGUUAUCUCUGUUGUUCCUAUAAAUUAAACAUAAAAAUACAAGGUUAUGGUAUAGAACUUGUGAUGAUAUGUGAAGUUCUUUGUAAAUGGUGCUCCCAACAUUGAUCUCUCAUCAAACCUCUUCCUUAGUGUUAAUCCAUGCAUAGAAUUAAUUGUCAUACAUAUAUACUAACAACAUGCUAAACAGGAAAUCUUUCCCAUUCCAAAUAAAGAAUUACUGAUUUAAUUGAAUUUAUUUCCCUUUAUAAGUAAAACAUCGCAGUCACACCCAAUUACAAUGUUUUCAGGUCCUUAUUUUGUGUGAUAGUUCAGUUAAGUGGUUUGUUAUUAGCAUACUCACACAGCAGCACUUAACAUUUACUGGAGACAAUUGGUUUGGUAUCCUGUGUUUCAGUUAUAGUUAUCAUUGGCUGGAAAGUGUUCAGAUUUCAAUUUCAAUGCAUUUAUUUUUGAUCCAAUAAAAUACUUAUAUUUUCUGUGACAUUACCUCCCUUUAUGAAUAUGCUGCUCAUUGAUCUUCUCCUAGUGGUGUUGGUUUGAUUGAAAUAAAUGAAGCUGUGGUGUUGAAUAGUACCUUAAGCAGUAAAUAGUGUUCCUGGGGACUAUUUGGAUAAUGCACGCUAACUUGUUUGAUUGAGAUUCCUCGAUGUGUAAUACAGAUAACGAUUGACUGAACAAACAUUGAAGCUUUUAUUAGGAAUUCUAUUUGAUAAAAUUAUACCUGUUAACAGAUGAUUGUUUUAAAUGAGUAAGUUGUUUUGUGAAAAAGGUUGAGUAAAAUUAUUUCUGCAUAAAUUAAUCAUUUUGCUUGCAGGGUCUGCUUCAUGUAUUAUUAGCAUUAUUGUGAUAAAACAUUUAUAGCUUAUUCUAUUUGAUAUUUUGAUAUUUUUUGUUUUCCAAAUUAGGUAUAGCAUUAUAGCCCUCAUUUGAUGGGUAUCGACUUGAAAGUGGAUGAAUGUUAGUCAAAAUGCAUAUAACCAUUUUUUGAAAAAAACAUACUCGAAAGGUGUUUGGAAUAUAUUAUUCCACAAUUAUAUAUAAUUAUGAUACUUUUUGCAUGGAGUUUUGAACAGCUGAAGUCGGCAUUUAGUUGGAAGUUGUACAUAUGGUUUGUUUUAUACUUUGAUAACAUUCUCUCAGUUUUACAACAUUUAUAAAUAUUCUCUCUCUAUAUAUAUCACUAUGUUGUUAUUUUUGUUUUGUAUUGAAGAUGUGUUACUUUAGCAGCUUAAGUUAAACCAAUCAUUUCCAUCAAACGUGUGGGACUGUUUGUUGAAGUAACCUAUUUUCCUAAAAUAUUACCUGUCUUGAUGUAGUGACGAAAUUUCUGAGUGUCUGUAUAUUUUAACCAGUUAAAAAAACGUUUUGAUAAAAUCAAGCUGAUGAAUUAAAAUUAUUGUAAUAAAGUCAAAAAUGUAAAAAAAUUAUGGCAUAAACUUUGAGUCCCAGAGUUGAAUUUACACAUUGAUUGAUGUUGAUAAUAUAUUCUGUGGAAACGAUGUUUAUCAAUGUUCUGCUUAAUGACAAGAGAAGUAUUUACAUAGUCAUGUCAUAUGUCUGGUCACGUCUUUGAAAGUGUACUUAUUUUAGUCCAAAUAAAACUUCAUGGUGUAAAUAA